UGGUGCUCUGGUCGUCAACAAACAACAUCGGUACAGCAACCGCCGAAUUUUGCCAGCCCUCUUGCAAAAUCGGAAUCCCCCAGGGCAAAGGGUGCGUAUUGUUAAAAUUUUGGUGUCAGUGCCUUACUGACCUGCCGAAGCUUCCAAGUGCUAAGUGUUUUACGUCGCAAACUAUCUAGGUUGUAACGAUUCCAGUGCAGCGAUUGUUGGCAGUCUUACGACGGAUAAAAUGACCGUGACAAACAUUUUAAUCAUACUUAAUCUUGGAUGUGAAAUGUUGUACGUGAUCGAUCAACGAUUGAAGGCUCAAUCCAUACCGUUGGACAAAUCUGCACAAGUGCUGCGUGAGAUUACCGAGGUACUUUUAGAUCCAAAGUUCCUGCACUAUAUUGCUACAGCAUAUCAGCAAAGUAUGCUAACCGUGCAACAGUGUCGCGUUCUUCUAACGGAUAUUGCGUGUUGCUCCCUGAUGCGGCUAGAUAUCAGCUCUAUGGACAAGUUGUGGGACCUGAUGGUUAUGAUAUUUAAAUGGCAAAUGUUUAUCACCAACAAGAACGCCCAAAUGUUGCUUGAUCUUACUUUUCGCCACCUGGAUGGGAUUGGACGAUUGAUUCCCGAAAUGCGCAAGCAAAUACUGAUUGACAACGUAAAAAAAUCACUCCUUGAGUUAUGGGAACCAUUAUGCGAAGACGAGCAAACUAUCGUUCAUCGGAAAGUGUACAAAUGGCUGAAGCCAUACAACACAAAAAUUUCCAUUCUCAUUCGGAUGGGGCUACAGAAAUCAACCGGGGAGUUUGAGGCGGAACCAACAAAUAAUAUAUUUUAUAAUUACUAUAUUAACAACAUUGGGGAAAAUAUAUACUCAAAAACAGCAAAUUUGGCCGCAUUGAAAGCCCAAAGCGAUGCUGUCGGAACCACAAGUAGCUCAAACACGGACAUGAUAACGGCAGGACACGAAAUCGAUACACUCGUACAGCAACUGAACAUUCAGCAUGAUCCAAUAGACGAGAUAACGGACGGCCCUAAACCUAAAGUCCCUCAAUCAGUAUCUCACACAAGUUCCGUACAUGGUGGAUUGAAUGAGAUAGUAAUUGCAGCAGAUACCAACCUUGCUGAUGCUAGUAAUCAUACUUCGGCAAAUUCUAAUGGAAAAGAAAUAAACCCGGAAAAUGAAACUACAUCGGAAGAGCUUUGCUCUAGCAGCAAUUCAACGGAAAGUAAUUUGGAAAAGUUGAUGAAGAAAAUAAAACUCGAAAAAGAAGACUUCAUAGUACCCGACAGCGUACCAAUAGAUGCAAAUGAAGAGUUGCUAAAAAUGUUCGAAGAAAAUUUACAAUUGUGAAGCUAUUUUGCUGCAGUUUUAAAAUUUGUAGAUGUAAUGUAGUAGAUUUUGUCAACGUUGGCCAUAGUGUAGUCCUUGAAUGUGAUGUUUUUGCGUAGCGAUAGAGAUUUCAAUAAUGAACCGAAACUAAUUCCGGUGGAUUUACGAAUAAAUAAAGUGUAAUGCUUAUUAUUUGGCUAAUUUUAAUGUUAUGUUUAGAUAAAAAAAACACUGAGCAGAAAUCCAAUGUUCUCUCUAUUGUUUCCGAAACUUAAUUGGCACCACUAGCCGUCAAAGGUGUCGAUCACUAAUUAAAGUUUUUAUCACGGUAAUCAUUCAUCACUAAACUGUGUAGAACUUUGACAAUUUGACUAACCAAACAACUACUAACAAACAACUGACGAAAAACAUAUAAUCUUCGAUGCUCCUAACGAUAAUCGGCGUUCCACUUCCCGGAUAAUCGCAUUUGCAUCCUUUUUGUUGCUUGGGUGACGCAUAUGGAUGAAAUAUUUCAUGAAGAUCUUCGAAAUUCGAU